AUGGCCUACUCAGACGCGACAAACGGUCAAAAGAUCGUCAUCGUUGUCAAUGGCGUUGUUCGCUUCAUCCAGCUGAGCGUCGGAGUCCUCACCAUCUUCUUGUACGCGUCCGAGAAAGGAUAUUGGUUAGGCAAUGGCCUCCCCGGCAAGCUCAACUUCGAGUUAGUGCUCGGGUCUUUCGCUGUCAUGACAGGUCUCGUCCUCGGCAUUAUACCCUUGAAGACGUCCUAUCGCCCCGUUGCCCUGGCCUGUCCAUGGGAUCUGAUCAUGUUCUUCAUGUACUCGGCUGCCUUCGGUUAUAUGAGAGCCAUCAAUGCCAAACUUGACAAGGAACGGUUCAACACCAAAGACCCGUCGAAUUACGGAUUAUACUUGGACCACAUGUUGGCGAUGAGGCACAAAGUAUGGGUGAAUUUCGCGGGUAUGGCCGUCUUUCUCAUCAGUGCUAUCAUGGGUGCGGUUUUGAUUUGGACCGGGAGGAAGAAUAGUCGUAGCAGGAUGCACAGAGUAGUUUGA